CCUGUUAGUGUAUCACCAGACGUGGUCGAGGGAGGACACGACCUGUUAUCUAUCUCCUUCCUGUUAAACUAAAGUGUAUUUCAACGCAUAUAAACCCCAGUACAUUACUCUAUAUUAAGUGAUAAACUAAACCAGUGUAUAGAACCGAAAAUAAACCAGAUUAUAAGUGAAAUACAUAAUCUACCGAGAAAAAAUUGAUCCGUUCUGAAUGUAAUACAAUCAACUAACUCAACUAUUGGCUUUUUCAAUUCAUCUUUAAAGUUGUUUGUGUGACAUAGAUGGCCCCUGAACGUGUACUGCGAGACCUUCUGAGAGUCAGUGGUGAGGCGCGCGUCAUAGGGGAAUUAAUAACUGGACGGGACGGUAACAACUACGCCCCUGGUGGUGAAUCCUGGAAAUGUGCCUUUGCCCCCGAUGAGUCCCGGUUUGCUUGGUCUUGUGGCUUCAGGAAGGUUGUAAUUCUCCCAUGGAAUAGAUAUAAGAAUUGCCUAUUGGGACACAGACAUAGAGGUGUUGUGCUGUCGGUGUGUUGGGGAGAACAAUCGGAUCGAAACAACACCAAUGGAGAAGGUUACGAGGUGUUUGCCGAGAAGAUCAACAUCGAUGCCGGUUUUCCAGUCACUAGUUUAGCCUUUGGCACGGGCACCCCAGAGCAGGAGUUGGUACCGGUCAAGAGGGAGUACUGGACGAGGUUCAACUUCUCUAAAGAUUUGAUCCUCGCGACGGGACACAAUAAUGGCCGCAUUAGGAUCUGGGACCCUUAUACUGGGAAGCUUUUACUGGAGUUGACAGACCACAUGAAACCUGUGACAGAUCUGGCCUUCGCUCCUGAUGGCUCUCUUAGACUUGUGUCGGCCUCGAAGGACUGCACCAUUAAGGUGUGGGACAUGUCCGAUGACGGGAACAUGUUCAAGACGCUUAAAGAACAUCCUGGACCAAUCAGAAGCUUGUGUUGGUCACCUGAUGGGCGGUACCUCUGUUCUGCUGGGGACAAACAGAAGGUGCUUCUCUGGGACAUGAAUUCGUAUAGCUUAAGUAAGAGAUUCUGCGGACACUACAAUAACGUGCUUUCCUGUGCGUUCUCCCCCGAUGGUGCUAUGCUGGCCACGGCCUCCUGCGACACUCGAGUUAUUAUCUGGGAUACCUCCAGUGGUGAACAGUUAAGAGUUCUCAACCAUAUGAAUCCUCCCCCCGGGGUGAUCUACAUGUCUGGGGAGAAUAACUCUGUGGUAAGGGGGGUCGGCUUCUCUCCAAAUGGCUGCCAUGUGGUUACGAUAUGUUGUGACGGGUUUAUCCGUUUCUGGAAUCUGAUGUACGAGGAGGAUGGGCCAGAGAGUGUGGGGUCUGCUCUACCUGGUGAUGCGAUGCUGAAUUGUUCGUUUUCUCCCGUAGGCGGCGCUGUGUCUGUCGGUCAUGCGUCAGGCAGCGUUGUUUUCUUCCUGGCGCCGACUAUGGUUCCGUCGUUGCUCCAUCUGUCGCGUAUGUCUGUGCGCCGGUCGCUGGGGGACAUCACGGCUAGGGACGACGUAGUCUUACCUCACACGCUCAAGCCAUAUCUCCAGUACAAGCAGUGGUGAUGAUGGCGUAGUGAACUAUUCCAACGACGCUCUGAUGAACGGUCGGCAGACGUGCGGCGGCGGUUGUGGUAAACACCGCCGCGGUGCACUAUUCCUUAUUUCUAAUUUAUUGGAAAUUUUCGAGGGUCCAGACUCCUGUUAGGUUGUAAGGCUCAAUGUCUGUGUGUACGUUUGUUCGCCAUUUUCACGAGGAUUAUUGUGUACAGUUGAUAGUUUGUCCUCCGAGUCAAUAUAAUUUUUACUCUCAUUGCGGUAAAUAUUUGUCGACUUUCACACAGAGUAUUUUUGGUUGUCACUCCAGUCUUCUCUCUGUCGUUAUACCAUUUAUUGACCUCAUUACCACAUGACCAGUUCACGAUAUGCUGCGUCAUGCACAAGCCGAGCCACCUGUAUUUUCUACUAUUUACUUGUAAAAAAAACAUAUUAAAAUUUUCAUGACAAGUAAA